UUGGGUUUUUUCGGUACAGCUUAUAAGCUGUUUAUGACUAAAAUAAGCUGAAACUUGAGCCCAAACGACAUAUUGAGUCAAAAAUAAGAAAAAAAAAGGCCAGAAUAAGCUGAAAUUAGAAGCUAAACGAUGUACUUCUUUUCAGGCCGUGCUCCCGCAGUCCUAUUAAACAGGGUCGAAGGGCUGCUUUGUAAAGGUAGUUACACUGGGCGAUAAUUUCUCGCGGGAUCAUGCUGGGGACCGUUAAAACUACCAUCUCUCUCUCAACCACAAGCUGAGUAGAUGAAAUGCGGUGUACAUUUCUGACCUCUAGUUAUGGACGUGAUCUCUCGGCCUCCCAUUCAUUCAUCCCAUGAUACUGCAGUUUAAUUCCGAUUAAAUUCUAGAUCUGCAUUUCAAAGAGGAGAUGGCGACGGACAGUGCCGAUUCCCAGAGGCUCUUGCUUGGGCGUCAAACUCAGGCUGAUGGAGCAGAUGAGUUCGAGGACAACAAUCUUGCUGCACCAGAACCUUUAUCCCACAAUACUGGAGCAAGUUUCCAAAGGAAUCCAAGAUCUACAAAUUCGGGUGUAUUCGGAAGCCUGAAGAUUGUGCUGCUGAAAUCUAAGCUCAAUUUGCUUAUACCAUGUGGAUUCUUGGCAAUCCUGAUGGAUUAUCUUAGCCAAAAUAAGGCCUGGGUAUUUCCUCUGAGCCUGUUGGGUAUCAUUCCUUUGGCUGAGCGACUGGGUUUUGCAACCGAGCAGCUAGGACUCUUCACUGGCCGAACAGCUGGGGGCCUCCUAAAUGCUACAUUUGGCAAUGCCACCGAGCUGGUCAUAUCAAUUCAUGCACUCCGGAGCGGAAAGCUACGGGUGGUUCAGCAAUCUCUGCUCGGAUCAAUCCUGUCAAACACGCUGCUGGUUCUUGGAUGUGCGUUCUUUGGUGGGGGACUCACCUGCGGUAAAUCCGAGCAGAUUUUCAGAAAGGAAGAUGCAGUGCUGAACUCUGGGCUGCUCUUGAUGGCUGUGAUGGGGCUGGUCUCUCCUGCUAUGCUGUACUAUACUCACACCGAGGUUAACUUGGGCAAGUCAGCACUGGCAUUGUCAAGGUUCAGCAGCUGCAUAAUGCUUUUUGCUUAUGCCGCUUUCAUUUUCUUCGAGCUGUCGAACAGUCGCCGCCGAGACGAAUCUAGUGAGGGAGGAGGUGGGGAUCAAGGGGACGACGAUUGCGAAUACGCGUUUCCUGAAAUUUCCAAGUGGGAAGCCAUUGCUUGGCUUGCAAUUUUUACUGCUUGGAUCUCAGUUUUCUCUGACUUUUUAGUUGAAGCAAUCGAGGGGGCUUCCAAGGCUUGGAAAAUACCAGUUGCGUUCAUCAGUACUGUUUUGCUUCCGAUUGUAGGGAAUGCUGCAGAACAUGCUAGUGCUGUUAUGUUUGCAAUGAAAGACAAAUUAGACCUUUCCCUUGGAGUCGCCAUCGGGUCUUCGACGCAGAUAUCCAUGUUUGUGAUACCAUUUAGUGUAGUGGCAGGAUGGAUGAUGGGCCAGCCAAUGGACUUGAAUUUCCAUCUGUUUGAAACCGCCAGCCUCUUGAUAACCGUACUGGUUGUAGCACUUCUGUUGCAGGAUGGGACUUCGAAUUGUUUCAAAGGGCUGAUGCUAAUUCUCUGCUACCUGAUAGUAGCUGCCAGUUUUUAUGUAUAUGCUGAUCCAAAUAUUGAUGGUGUUUAGCCUCUGCAAACUAGUACCUUGAUGAUGGGACUACACUUCCAGUUUUCUGAAGAUACCUCUUCGAAGAGGACAGGGGGCUCCUGCGGUUCACUUAAGAAGAAAAUAAUUAACUGACCACCUCAGUGUUCCUCACAUGAAGAGGUCAUUCAAGCACACCCACUGUUGUCGAUAUGCAGAAGAUUAUACAGGAAGUUCUACAUAAAUCUCCAGUUUGUGUAGGCAACAGUUUUGUUCUUAUGGUACACGCAGAACUUGUAGAAAUCAGAAUCAAUAUUUUUUCUUUAUGAACAGCUGUCGUGAUUUGCAGGCAGUAAUAAAUUUAGUGACACAUGAAA